UUUUUUCUGCAGCUGUGACAAUUUGGUAAGUGGUACUAUGUCCACACAUCAAUCAUGGACGUGGUGGACAGUUUAUCGCCAGCCCCGGGGACUGACAGUGUCCCCUCCCUAGACUUUGACCUGAUCACAGACGGGGACUCGGGAAACAUUUGGUGUGAGCAGUGUAAAGUCUAUAAAAAGAAUUAUGAGAAGCUGCAGGAAGAGCACGCCCGGAGUUACAACACACUGAAAAAGAAGAUAAUAUCCACUGACUUGCUUAUCAAGAAGUACAAGACAAAGUGUGAAGAGUAUGACCAGCAGACCAGGAAGUUAGAGGAUGCCAUCAAAAGACAGGAACAAUUACAGAGGGAGACAGACACACUACAAGCCCAGCUGUCCUCAGCACUUCAUCAGAUAGAACCAAUCAAACAGGAUAAAGUAAAGCUUGAGCAGGAAGUGAAGAGAAGAGUCCAGGAGAUCCAGAAUCUGAAAGAUCAAGUAACCGCAGGACAGAGUUUCAAGUCACAAUAUGAGCAGCUGAACAAGUCACUGUUGGAAGACAAAGACAAACAUGAACAGGAAUUAAAAGACGCCACCAAGAAAGUUCGCGAGUUAGAGCUCAGUCAUCAAAGGCAGGAAUCACAGAUCACCAAAUUGAAAGAGGACAACAAAGUUUUAAAAAAAGACAAUGGUAAAAGUCAAAAGAGAGAAAAAAAGACAGAGGAAAGUCUGGCUAAGGCACAGGACAUGGUCAACAGAUACAGACAGAUUCUAAUAAAACAUGGCCUUCUACCUUCUAACCAGGACACACUGCUGCGGGUCACAAAGGGGGCGGGGACAGGUGCCCCUCCUAAAGAGAUGCCCCUACUGGAGGAGGAAGAGUGGGUGGAUUCAGCUUCUGCCUCUGAUAAAGAGCAAUACUCGGACCUAGACAAUCCCAGAAUGCACUGUGAGGUCAGCAUGAUAAAGAUGAAGUCAGAAACUGUCUGCUCUGAGGAGAGGAAACCGAAGAUUGAGUUCCAGGAGGAGGAGACCAGUUUACUGGAAUUCCCCUUCACGUUCAGUCCCCUGGUGUCAGUCCUGUCCCCCCUUCCUCCCUCCCCACAGUCUUAUAGGAAGGAAGUAGAAGAUAAUGAUGAAAGUGAUGAUGAUUUAGAUGAAAUGGCAGAACAACUAGAACAGGAAAUUCUAAAUGUUUCCCCUACCCCCAGAAGGUCACCAAGGAAACGGGUUCCACCCUCCCCCCUCUCGCGGGACCCUCACACCACUGUGUCCACCCAGGAAAUACGAACCAAACAGGUGACCAUCCACAGUCACCGGGGAGGUAUUGUGAUCGGUCAGGACAAGACAGCAAGAGACAACGACGGAGCUACCCAGGAGCUGAGGGGGAUCAAAAGGAUAAACUUCACUGCUGAGGAGAGUUCUAACUUUGAGGCUCUUCAGGGGGAGGUCAAUUCUGAAGUCUCCCAUGUGAACCCCAAACCAAUACUCAGUGGUCAUCACAACUCCGCAUUUCAGAAAUUUUCUAAAAGUUCUCAUAAACAGGAGAAAACUGAGGCAAGGAUUGAGGAGAGGGUAAUACCAAAACACUCCGGUGAUUCUGGAUUUUCAAGAGAUUCUAAACUUAUCUGUGAUAAUAGUAAAAAUGUGAAAGAGAGCUCCUCCAAUGUAUACCACAAGAGGAUUGAGUGUUUGAAAGGUUUUAGACCGGUCAGCGAGACUCUAGACGACUCAGAUAGCAUGUGUUCAGAGGAGAUAAAAGUCACCAAGGAAGAUGUUAGUGACAGUGUGGGUGAAAAGGGUAAUAUAGACACAAAAGUAAAUAAAAUCAUAAAGCAUGAACAUGAUGAAUUAACUGAUAAAUCUGCGGUAGAUUUAGAUAUAGAAUCUGCAUUGUCAGUACGAACUUUGAGAAAAUCCCUCAGUCUGCCUGAUGGUGAACUUCCUUCCUCUAAAGUAGGAGUCAGUUCUCCUAGAACUCGAAAGAGACGGCACAUGUCUUUAUCCCAGAAAAAUCCCAGUCAAAAAUCUGAAAGUUGUGAUUCCAAAUUGAAAGCAGUUCAUGAAAGCCCCAGAAGGUCUCUGAGAAAUAAAAACAAUGAGGAAAGUGAGCAAAAGUCUAGUGGUAGCAGUGACCUUCCUCAUCAAACAAAAACAAUUAGUGAAGAAAAUUCAGAAAAGAAGUUAGUCCCCAACAAACCACCAGUCCGAGUGACUAGGAGUAAGACUCUACUGAUACCCCCCAGUGAGGUAGAUACCCUGUGUCAAAGGUCAAGGUCAAGAAUGAAAAUUCCAAGUGGGAAGAAAAAGAAAGAAGGGGAUUCAGAGAAAUUGGAGAUGAAGGUUAUUAAAGAGGAACAUGUGGAAGAUGGAGAAGUGGAAAGAGGGAAAGGUGAUAUGGAAGACAGAGUGGAAGAGGUGGAAAGCAGUGAAAGUGCCACCCGAGUUGUGUGUAGGCAGGAGAGUUUGGGGUUUGCUUUACGCUCACCCCGGGUCCUCAAAUCCCCUCCUGUUGUGUUACCAUCUGAGAAAGGUAAACAAUCCUACAGGUUGUCUUUCACUACUGCUGUUGUACAGUCCAAAGAGACUGCAGAUGUGAAAGGGAGUGGUGAUGGAUCUGUAGUGCAUCCGGCACAGAGACACAGUGAGUUAAACACUAGUGACAGUGACCCAAGGACAGAGGAUACUUCAAGUGUGGCAUGUGACUUUUCUCAUAAGACAAAUGAUUCAAACCAGAAAGUGAAAAGUAAUGUAAAUGUUGCUGUAAAAAAAGUAUCGACAGGGAAUGUUGAGGCUGAUGAUGUACUUAAUCAGUGUUCUUCUAAGGAGGAGGGGAUCAGAGAAUUCAAUUCAGAACUGAAUCAGGAUGACCCUGAUUUGGAGAGUUCACUCCCUCGCCAGGGGAGCAUGGGAUUCAUGGUGAGUGGUGGUGACUCGGGGACAGAAUCAGGAAAAUCCACACCCAAACAGAAAGGAGCAGAGACCAGUCUGGUUCACACACCGGAAUCAGUGAACAGUGAAAAAAGUCCAAGAAGAAAUUUGAAAAAUGUGGACAGAAAUUCUGAUACUUCAACAGAAGAGCAAAAUGUUCAACAUAGUGUAAAUGUUACUGAAACUUGUGAAUUUGGUGAUCAGUCUGAAGAGGAUAUAGCAGACAAUUCUAAACAGACAUCUCUUGAUGCAAGAUGUUAUUCUAAAUUGAAUGUACCACAAACUUCUGAGAAACUUUCUUUGCAUUUUGAAGACUCAGUUCAACAGGAGGAAGUGACUUGUGUGUCUAACUCUACUUCAAAUUCCAGUGAUGUUAGUGGUGCUAAUAGACAUCCAAAACAGACUAUCAAACAAAGUGACUUGAAAACCAGUGAAUCAGAAAUUGCUCAAUCCUCCACCUCUAGUGCUAGUUACUCUGACAGACCUCCCUCAUUAUCUGAGGGAGGCAGCCGUAGUCCCUCCCUAGUGUACAUACCUAGUCUUUCAGUGCUGGUUCAGAAGUCUAGGUUUUCUGCUGUGGUGGCCUCUAGUACCGUAGUGUCACCUGAGAUGGAGAACCUACCCUCCCAACCCCGCCCAGAGAACACCACCACCUCUCACCCCCCUGUCUCACCCCUGCCCCCAUCACCUUUUCAUUUUUUUCUUCCCAACCCCAUCUCGCCCCUCCCCCCUUCACCCGUUCGUGAGAUGGCCCCCAUUUCCCCUCUGUGUACAUCCCCCUUUGAUCUAGACGAUCAGUGCCUGUUUGAGUCGUCCUCCCAGUGUGAAGAGUCGAUGGAUCAUUCACAGGAGAACCCACAAGUUUUGAAGUUAAAGUCAUCUAAAUCAUCGUCAGUCAAAUCAUCUAAAAUAUCAUCUGUCAAAUCAUCCAAAAUAUCAUCAGUCACCAAGAAAAAAGUUCAGACGGUUUCAACACAGAGUUAUGUUUCUGCAGCAACAAAGACCAGUCGGUCCACUCAGUCUAAUGGGAAAACUGAACAGUCUGGUGGUGCUCCUCAAUCAUUUCAUGCAGUGGCACCACCCGACGCAAUAGCAGUCAGACCUCAGAAAAAUAAAGAAACCACACAGGGAACUGUCAACCAGAACCAGGAGAAAUCAGGGUCAAAGUCAGCAGCUGUGAGGAAGCGAAGAAGUCAGGACCACAGUACUCUCAUCCCAGAGGAGAAGAAACAGUGUUUUGAAAACCAAACCUCUACAUCAAAAGAAUCCAGUGUUGUCACAGAUAAAUCUAAUCUUCAUAAAGUGAUUGAGGCUGAGAUGAAGUUAUACCUGGAUAAAUCAGACAUCAGUGAGCAGACAAUGGUAGAUAAACUGGUUCCCCUAGCUGACCACUCCACCAUGUCAAGGCAUCUACUGCAGUGGACAGUCCAGUACCUACGUUGCCAGCAGAUGGAGCUGUUUGGUACGAUCCACUGUUACUGUGCCUACAGCAGUGAUUGUCAAUCCAGGACUGAUCCAUUCCUCACUCCAGGGGAGACCAGGCUCUUACAGUUCUACAGCUUCCUGUUCAAAAUUCCUGACUGGAGUGUACAGAGACAUCAGCUCCUAGAUUUGUUGUGGACGUCCAUAUUUUGUCAUGAUUCACUUAACCUGACCAGCAGACUGGCUCUUUGUCGGAUGUUUGUUGGAAUUCUUCAUGAAGCAGGUGAUAUGGAGUAUGUCAGGGUGUUCUUUUACCACGUCAUGACCUGUAAAUAUCUCAACGCGGCCAUGAUUGCUGUGACCAUUGCUGGGGUGUGGCCACAAUGUCUCUAUAGAAACCCAGCAGGAACAAGUCCAGUGUUGGUUGUUAUGGAGGCUGUUAUAAUGAAAGACCUCCAGGAGCUGAAAGACAAGGGCGCUAAGAUUUCUGUUUGCCUGAAGAAGCUGGUAAAUUGGGACCUGUGUGUUCACCAGAAUAAUGUCCUUCUACAACACAUGGUUAAAGAGAUUGAGCAAAAAUGUGCUGAUUUCCAUAGCAACCAAGGUCAGAUAUAUGAGUUACGACGGGCUGUGGAGUUACUGCUGGUGAUGCAGAAGGUUGGAUUCUUUAAGACAGUCUUCAUUGGUGUAGCAGUCAGUUCUCUGAGCAGUAAACUGAGAUCAAAACAGGCUCAGGCUGCGGAACAUUACGUCAAGGUCAUUGUUCAGAUAGCAGGAAGUGUUCUGUUACAGUUGACCACAAUGAACGAGAAAAGCUUGUCUCAGAUAAUCCGGAAGUACAUCUGUAAAGUCCUCAUGUCUGAUUUAGCGAGCCUGGAUUUACAGCUGAGUGUGGCCCGGACACUGCUAGAGUUGUCUUUCCUGUCUCCUGUAACAGUCAUGUCCGCCUCUCUUUACCCAUGGUUCCUUGCUCAUAAAGACGUGAUCCCUGCAGACUUUGUUAAUAAACUAGAAAACACAAGACAACUACUGGUCAGGCAGUUUCCUAUGUUCAAAUGCCCUGUAUUUGUAUGACUGAGAGAAAAUUUAAAAAUAAAAUCCCUAGACCCAAGAGAAAAUGUCAGACAAAUGCAUGUUUGUAUUAAUGUGUCAUUUUCAUAAGACAUUGCUCAUGAAUAAAAUUGGUGCUCAUAUUUGCAUGUAUAAUGGGAAUAACUGUGUCAGUUUAUUAAUUGUACCUAGUACUGAAGUGUGCAAAAAAAAAAACAAAAAAAAAAAACAUUGUUUCUCUAUCAGUCAUAUUAAACACUCAUCUUGUGAGAAUGACAAGACUAGUACUAUUUACUUGUACCAUUUCUAUCACCAGUGUAUAUGCAUUCCUUUUCAGCUCAUAUCUGCAUACAUGUGCAAUUAUUUUUCUCUGUGAUGUUGCCCAAUUCAAAAUCAAUAAGAGCUGGAUAAAACAAAUUGUAGAAUUUAUAUUCAAAACUUCAAGUAUCUGUCUCAGAAUUUUUGCAGGUUAGCCUGAGAAGUUCCAACACUUUCUAAUGUAUGCACAAAGUGUUUGGUACAUUCCUAACACUUCUUCAAUAUAAUGGGACAAGACUUGUGUCAACAUGAAAGUUUAUUAGUACCAAAACUUUUACUUGAAACAUCUGAUGUGAAAUUGUCCAUUAAUCAUUAUUUUCAUAGCAUUUUUUCUUACCUAUAUUACAGUGUAUUAUAUGACAAAAACUAUUUAUAUGUGCCAUGACCUUGCUAACAUUUUUUUAGGAAGUUUUUACGAAUUUUCCAAUCAUACAUAUUUAUGUCAAUAAAAUUGUUUGCAUCAAUGAAAAACUAAUUAUAUUGUGAAUAAAGUAUUGUAAAUAAUGUAAAUAGAAUAGAAAUGGGCAUGUAUUCUCUAUCUUUACUGUAGUAUAGCGUCGCUUAUCAAAAGUACAUUCUAUAAAUAUUUUGUAUUAGCGUGUUUAUUAUCUAAGUGUCUUGAAGUGUACCAUAGUAAAUGUUCUAGUACAUUUACAUUACAAGAUUUUGAUUAUAAUGUGUCACUUCACCAUUGGAACAUUGUUUUUUUUUUAUCUUCAUAUAAAACAGUUAAAAAGUUUUUGUUUUCUUGUCAAUUUUGUACAGUUAUCGUAAGGUAU